AUGUUUCGUUGCCUUAGCGAGAAGCGAUACGAAGCUGCAGCGUGGCGAGAGAGAAAACUGUCUACGAGCUUCUAUCAUUUCUUUUAUUAUUAUUGUCAUUGUGUUUGUAUAGCGCUUUUCCCUCUUCGUAUUUCCUCUUCCCAGAUCUAUUCCCAGAAACAUCAGAAAAUGGGCCUGGUCGGUUGUCACGGGCGAUGUUCUCAUCUGCACUUUUCAUCUAAUUAUUUUCCCUCUUUGCUCUGGUGUUAUGUGGCUCUUUGUUCUUCCGUUUUGCUGUCGCUGCCUUACCACGUCGGUAUCGCAAUUUAUGUAGUUUGCUGUUCUCUUCUUCCUCUCUCUCCAUCGUUUUUCUCUUCAGUCUGUCGCGUUCCCAAACGGCACUGA